AUGAGUCAAUUACCAAACUUCAAGUACCACCCAAUGUGCAAGAAACUGAAACUUACACACCUUAUAUUUGCUGAUGAUCUGAUGAUUUUUUGCAAAGGAAAUGUGGACUCAGUGAAUAGAGUGAUGGAAGCAUUAGCUCACUUCAAUGCUGCUACUGGUUUGGAGGCCAAUUUGGAGAAAUCUAAUGUGUACCUAGCUAGGGUAGAUGAGAGGGUCAAAAUGCAAAUCCUAGCCAGAACUGGAUUCUCAGAGGGUGUGUUUCCAAUUAAAUACCUAGGACUCCCUUUGUCACCUAAGAAAUGGAAGAAGAUUGAGUGUUGGUCCCUGAUAGACAAGAUUACUCACAGAAUAAAAGUAACAUACUCUAAACAACUUUCAUAUGCAGGGAGAUUGCAAGUGAUUAAUGCAGUACUAUUCUCAAUUCAUAGUUUUUGGGGAGCAGUAUUCAUCCUUCCUCAGAGUAUUCUCAAGAAAGUGGAUCAGAUAUGCAGAGAUUUCCUAUGGGGAAGCAGUGCUGAUAAGAAGAAGGUAGCAUUGGUUGCAUGGGAUAAAGUGUGUCUUCCAAAAAGACAAGGUGGUUUGAAUAUUAAAGGUUGUAGUAAUUGGAAUAAGGCAUCUGUGGGACAAUUAUUGUGGCAAAUUAUAGUUAACAAAGAGUCAUUGUGGGUUAAAUGGGUUCACGACAUAUAUAUGAAGAAUGACACUUCAAUAUGGACUCAUAAAACUCCUAUUGACUGUAGCUGGUAUUGGAGGAAAAUUAAUGCACUCAAAGAGCACAUGCAGGGCUGGUACAAUCACAGAAGAUAUAUGCUGACUCAAACUGGUAAGUAUUCUAUUACCAAGAGCUAUCAAGCACUCAUGGGUACUAAGCCUAGAUGGAAUAUUGCUGAACUAGUCUGGACAUCAAUGGCUAUACCAAAGCAUAGAUUCAUGACAUGGUUAGCAGUUCAAGGAAGAUUACUCACACAGGAAAGAAAGUUGAGACUGCAGAUUCAGGUGGAGGAUAUUGCAUGUUGUUUAUGUGAGGAAAAAGUAAUGGAGACUAAUGUUCAUCUCUUUGAAGAUUGCAAAUGGACAUCAACUGUGUGGCAAGCUAUGCACCAAUGGAUAGAAGUACCAGUGCAUAAUAUUGGUAUUGUACAGGUCCUGGAAAACAUAAAAGGGAAUCGUUGGAAGCAAUUCAAAAAAGAGAUCAUGGCAGCUAUCUGCGGAGCAAUCAUAUACCACACUUGGCGUGCUAGGAAUUGGAGGAGAUUUAGAGACAUACGUGUACAUACGGAAGAGGCAGUAACACAGAUAAAGAAGGAAAUCAGUGAAAGAUUACACUUACUUAGUAGUUCUAAGAGAGCAAAUAAAUGUAGACACUUUAUUCAGCAUUUGUUAUGUAACUAG